UUUGGACAAAAAGUACCACUCAACGAAACAGUGACUUCAACAGUUCAAACUGUAGUCUUCACCCGACCAUGGAUAUGGUCCAACCAAUCGGAGGGACCUGUACCAACCAUAUAAUUCUAUGCCGUCAUCAUCCAGGGAACAACUAAGAAGGAACCCCAAAAAACGAAAGAAUCAGCUAGCAUCAGCAUCGCGGCGCCUUCGCGGUCGGUCCUUUGUUUUCUUAACCAUAUCAAGAUAAUAUGAACAUCUGUUAUCAUUGUCUCCCAUUAUCUCCACAGGCUUCAACCAUGCCUUUGUUAGAGAGUGACUGAUGCAAUAAGGAAGUAGUACUCGAGGAUCCAGUUGUUCUCUUUCUCUAUCUUGAAGUAUUCUCGCCAUAAUUAAAGAAUAGAAAUUGCCCUUUGCCGAGAGAAGUGGUUUUCUUCCCUCCCUUUCUUGCGACACUCAAGCUUUUCUCUUUCUUUCUAGCACUUGUUCUUCCCUUCUUUUUAGAGUGUGCGGUGGUUUGCCUCGCAGGUCUACCUGUGAUUCCUUUCUAAUGUCCGCUCUUUCAGUUUGAGGACGGUGAGUGGUGAAGUUCAUCAUUUAGUAUCACCAUGAAUCUGGCAUGGCGUGUGUCGAUUUUCGCUCUUUGUAUCGGAGCAUUCUCAGAUGGGGCUUUAAGACCAGAUGUCGUGAAAGUUGGAGCUAUUUUUACAUUUAGCACUAUCAAUGGGAAUGUCGCAAGGAUUGCCAUGAAGGCUGCUGAGGAUGAUGUAAAUUCUGAUCCGAGCAUUCUUGGUGGAAGUAAAUUGUCGAUAGUUGUGCAUGAUUCCAACUUCAGUGGAUUUCUUGGCAUCAUGGGGGCAUUGAAAUUCAUGGAGACUGAAUCCAUAGCUAUAAUUGGUCCACAAAGUGCUGUUAUGGCCCAUGUACUCUCACAUCUUGCCAAUGAACUCCAUGUCCCAUUCUUGUCAUUCACGGCGCUGGACCCUACCUUAUCACCUCUGCAAUACCCUUACUUUGUUCAAACAGCACCCAACGAUGGAUUCCAGAUGACUGCAAUUGCAGAUAUGAUUAGUUAUUAUGGUUGGGCAGAGGUUGUUGCAGUUUAUAGUGAUGACGAACAGGGCCGAAAUGGUAUUACUGCUUUAGGUGAUGAACUCUCAGAAAGACGCUGCAAAAUUUCUUAUAAAGCAGUACUUCCCCCUGACCCCACUGCAACGCAAAGUGAUGUCAAGGAUCAACUAGCGAAGGUUCGAAUGACGGAAGCUCGAAUAAUUGUUCUGCAUACCUUCUCCAGAACGGGUCUCUUGGUUUUUGAGGAGGCAAAGAAUCUUGGGAUGAUGGACGCCGGGUAUGUUUGGAUUGCUACCACUUGGCUAUCCACUGUUUUAGAUUCAAAUUCACCACUUUCUUCAAAAACUGCAAACUCUAUCCAAGGAGUUCUGACACUUCGUCCACACACACCCGAUUCAGAAAGGAAAAAUGCUUUUAUGUCACGGUGGCACAAGCUGAGUAAUGGUUCUAUCGGGUUGAACCCUUAUGGAUUAUAUGCCUAUGAUACUGUUUGGAUGCUUGUCCAUGCAGUAAAGUUGUUUCUUGAUCAGGGAGGUACCAUAUCAUUCUCCAAUGAUAAACGUUUAAGUCGUAUGGCGGGAGGGUCUCUGAAUCUUGGUGCCUUGAGCAUUUUUGAUGGGGGGAAGCAGUUGCUUGACAACAUAUUGCGGACCAAUACGACAGGUUUGACCGGACCUAUUCAAUUUAAUCCUGACAGAUCUCCUUUCCGCCCUUCAUAUGAUAUUCUUAACGUAAUUGAAGCUGGUUUUAGGCAGAUCGGAUAUUGGUCUAAUUAUUCUGGCCUAUCCGUUGUGACCCCGGAGAAACUUUACGCAAGACCGCCAAACCGUUCAAGUUCAAGCCAGCAUUUAUACAGUGUGGUAUGGCCUGGAGGAACAACAGAGAAGCCUCGAGGGUGGGUUUUUCCAAACAAUGGAAGGCAAUUGAGAAUUGGAGUUCCAAACCGAGUUAGUUUCCGGGACUUUGUCUCACAAUCCCGAGUAAAUGGUACUGAUAAAGUCCAAGGAUAUUGCAUAGAUGUAUUUCUCGCUGCCAUAAAAUUGCUUCCAUAUCCAGUUCCAUAUAGGUUCAUUCUGUUUGGAGAUGGCCAUCAGAAUCCAAGCUACGCCGAGCUUGUACAUAUGGUCACAUUGAAUGAUAUUGAUGCUGCUGUAGGCGACAUUGCAAUUGUCACAAACAGAACAAAGGAAGUGGAUUUUACUCAGCCAUAUAUAGAGUCAGGACUAGUUGUGGUGGUUCCAGUCAUGAAGCUAAAUUCAAGAGCUUGGACAUUUUUCCAACCAUUUACUCCAUUCAUGUGGGGUGUCACAGCAGCUUUUUUCUUUAUUAUUGGAGCUGUUGUGUGGAUUCUUGAACAUAGAACAAAUGAUGAGUUCCGAGGUCCUCCUAGGAAACAACUAGUCACACUUCUAUGGUUUAGCUUCUCUACUAUGUUUUUUGCACAUAGAGAAAAUACAUUGAGCACACUUGGUCGCAUGGUGCUUAUCAUCUGGCUUUUCGUUGUUCUCAUCAUCAACUCAAGCUAUACUGCAAGCCUGACAUCACUCCUCACAGUGCAACAGCUUUCCUCCCCCAUCACGGGAAUUGAUACCUUGGUGAGCAGCAAUGCACGUAUAGGAUUCCAAGUAGGAUCUUUUGCUGAAAACUAUUUGACAGAGGAGCUCAGCAUCCCAAAAUCUAGACUUGUUGCUCUUGGCUCACCAGAAGAAUAUGCUGCUGCCCUCAAGAACAAAACUGUUGCUGCAGUGGUGGACGAACGGCCAUAUAUAGAGCUCUUCCAGGCAGACCACUGCCUGUUCUCGGUUAGAGGCCAAGAUUUCACCAAAAGCGGUUGGGGAUUUGCAUUUCCAAGAGACUCUCCUUUAGCAGUUGACAUGUCUACUGCCCUGCUCGCUGUAUCUGAGAAUGGGGAGCUUCAGAAGAUCCAUGACAAGUGGCUGUCGAGAAAAGCUUGUGAUUCCCAGGCAGCGGGUCUAGUAUCUGAUCAGCUUCAGUUACAAAGCUUCUGGGGCCUAUUUCUCAUCUGUGGCAUAGCAUGCUUUCUUGCUCUCCUAGGACACUUUUGUUUGGUGAUGUACCAGUUCAUCCGGCACUCCCCCGAAGAACCUGAUCCUCAUACCGCCGUUACUGGCAGCUCACGUUCCGGACGCGUCCAGACAUUCUUUUCAUUUGCAGACAAGAGGGAAGACCCGUGGAAGAGCUAUUCGAAAAGAAAACGCAGGGAGUCGUCAUUGAAUGGUUAUGGUGAUGAAGGUGAACCAAGGGAUACGUCUAGGAGCCUUGAAAUAGAGGAGAGCAGCUCCCCUCCAAUUGGGGAGCCUCCUUUUUCUUCCCAUUUUCAUGUGUAAAAAAAGACAUCAGAGGGCUAAAAUGUUGCCAUGCCACCCUGCUAACGUCGACCAGCUUCUUCUCCAUUGCCGAUGAGACUCGGCUUCAUUAACUGAAUAUUCUCUUGGCUGUCCUAAUUAACUGUGUCAUACUAAUUUCUCAGGAAUUAAGAGUGCAUGAAGAGAUCUUCUGGCUUGGUGCCUCGUUUUGCUUUGUUUUGUUGUAGUCUGUAGCCUGUAGGUGUUUCAACUCAUAGAUGGUCUAACAAAAGGAAUGAUUCAUUGCAAAUAUACAUGAUGAUAUUAUCUCUUGUAAUACUUGAAAAGGGCAUAUUACAUACGGACUCGUCCUUGUAAUUUUUUUCUUUCUUAAUAUCUCUUCCAAAUUA